UUGGCGCUAUUAAAUAUUUCGUAACUAUUAAAAUUUUAUUAAUACAAAAAUCUUAGGCAAUGUGAUUGAAUGUUUGGGAAUUUUGGAUUUAUAAAUAUAUAUUAAUUAAUAUAUUAUAUUAAUGUAUUAUAAAAGCUUUAUCAUUUCAUAAUUCAAAUAGUUGAAUAGAUGAUCAAUUCAUUUUUUCUCAUUACAUAAAUAUUUCAAUACAAUACUAUUUAUAAUGUUACGAAGAUCGAAACGCAACAUAAAAUCAUCUGAAGGAAUUGACAAUUCUCUUGAAGCAAUCCUACCUACUAAAAAAAAACAAAAAUUAAAAGACAAUCCUAGAGAUAUCUCACUGCAUAAUUCUGAUGAUGAAUUAAUGGAAUCUGAUUAUGAAUUAAUGCCUAGCUCUAUCUUAAAGUUAUCAGAAACUGAAUCAGAAUCAGAUGACAAUGAUUCAAAUAUUAUUGUUAAUAACAAUAUAAAAUCAGUUCCAUUAUCUUACAAAUCAAGUAGUGAAAGUGAAGAUGAUACAGUUUGUGAAACAAAUUUUGAUUUUAGUGCUGUAUUAAAUUCCCAAAACGAUAAAAAAAAAGUGUUGGAGACUUCUACAUUAAAGAUUAAUUUAAAUAAUGAUAAAGAAAAAAAUAACUGCGAUAUUUUAGAUAUUGCCACAAUGUUAUGUAAAGGAGAAAAAUUAAAAAUGAAUCCAGAACUGGAUGAUAUUAAAGAUAUAGAAAAUGAUAAUAAACAAGAAGAAAAUUACAAAAUUCCAGAUGCAGUGGAAGUAAUAAUUAAACUUCCUAAUAAUGUCAAGUGUAAGAAACUACAGGAUAUGGAAGUAUUAUUGAAAAGACGAAUGAAUGUAAUAUGUAAAGAAACUCAAGUACUAGUUCAUAAAGUGAAUUUGCUUUUAUGGAUAUUUUAUGGAAAUCGCUUAAAUGAGAUCCUCAACUCACCAGAAGUGAUGUCAUCUGCAUUGUCUCUAAUUCCUUCAGAAAAAGCUUAUCCACCAAAGCAAUGUGACUUAGUUUAUUUAGAAAAUUAUAUUAACUGGUUUUCAAAAAAAAUAAAAUUAGCAUCUAAAACAGAUCCUUUACAAAAAAUAACAGUAACAACAUUAGUUGAUCAAUUUUCUAAUUGUUUAGCUAAAACACGCUUUGAUUUAAUUGCUAUGUUUAUAUCCAUGUUAAGAUCAUUAGGGUUAAAUGUAAGAUUAGUUAUUAAUUUAAAUGCAAUUUCUAUUAAACCAAACUUAGAACUACUAGGGUCAACAAACAGUAAAGAUAAGGCAAAAUCUGAAAAAAUAGUUGAAACUCAACAAAAAACUCCUUCCAAAUCUGAAUAUUUUAAAAAUAAACAUGAAAAAUCUGUUUCAAAAGACAAUAACAAGUGCAAGAUAAAAAGAAAAAAAACUUGUGACCAAAUUUCUGAUUCUUCAAAUGAAGAUGAUAAAAUAUUUGUAAAAAGAGAUACAAUAAAGAAGCUUAAACAUAUAAAACAAAAAGUUACAACAUCUCAGACUAAAAAAAUUGAGACAAAAGUAAGAAAAACCUCCAAUAUUAAAAAAUUAAAAGAAAUUGAUAAAAUUGAUCGCCGUGUCCUAUCUACCGACGAAGAAGAUAUUAUUUCCAAUGAUACUUUAAAAAACAAAAAAAAUGAUUUUUGGGUGGAAGUAUUUCUUGAAAUGGAAGAAAAGUGGUUUAGUGUUGAUGUUAUAAAUAAACGUUUACACUGCAUUAAAGAAAUCUAUAAUGGGACAUCACAUCCUAUGCGAUAUGUUUUAGCUUGGUAUAAUGAUAAUAGUAUCAAGGAAGUAACAAAAAGAUAUGAUCCUUUCUUUCACACUUUAACUAGAAAAAUACGAGUUGACCAAAAGUGGUGGGAAUCAACUUUAAGAUUGUAUAAACCUUUGCCUAAUUUUAGAGAACGUGAAGAAGAUGAAGAGUUAGAUAAAAGACUUGAAGACAUACCACUUCCCAAGACAGUUUCUGAGUACAAAGAUCACCCACUGUAUGCACUUGAAAGACAUUUACUUAAAUUUCAAGCUAUAUAUCCACCAAAACCACCUAUUCUUGGAUAUAUUCGAAAUGAACCAGUUUAUUCAAGAGAAAAUGUUCAUGAGCUAAAUGGACGAGAAAAUUGGCUAAAAGAAGCUCGGGUUGUUAAAGUUAAUGAACAAUUUUACAAACAAGUUAAAGCACGCCCAAGAUUUGAUAAAAAUGGCGUUAGAACUGAUCCUCCACCUUUAGAAUUAUUUGGUUAUUGGCAAACUGAACCUUAUGAUCCACCAACAGCUUGUGAUGGUAAAGUUCCAAGGAACUGUUAUGGAAAUGUAGACUUAUUUAAACCCAGUAUGUUACCAAAGGGUACUGUUCAUCUCAAGCUUCCAGGAUUGUUGAGGAUUGCUAAAAAACUUAACAUUGAUUGCGCACCUGCGGUUGUUGGUUUUGAUUUUCAUUCUGGUGGUUCACAUCCAGUGAAUGAUGGAUUUGUAGUUUGUGAGGAAUAUAAAGAUACCCUUAUAGAUGCAUGGAAUCAAGAAUUAGAAGAAAGUCGUAAAAGAGAGCAAAAACGUUAUGAAGAUCGGGUAUAUGGUAAUUGGAGACGUUUAGUGAAAGCUGUUUUAAUUAGAGAAAAGUUAAAAAUAAAAUAUAAUUACUUUAAAAAUAAUCAGAUAAAGCCAUCAAGUUCAAAAGCAUCUUUUUAAAAAGUACAAUUGGUGAAAUUAUUUAUUUUUACUAUUUUCCUAUUAUUUGUGAUGUUAUUUUUUGAGAUUUAUUUUUUUUACAAACUAUCAUACUUUUUUUACUUUUUUAAGUUAUAACUAUAUGUAUAUAUGUAUUGGAUUUGAUGUUUUCUUUUUUUUUGAAAUAUUUAUUUUUUUGGUGCCAUUAAAUUGUUAACUAUUUACCAAAAUAAACUUGUAUUAAUAUUAAUUAUAUAAUGAAUACUUAUAAUAUUAUGAGUAA